GGAAGAUUGGGGGCUCUGAGGAUGGAGAGAGAAAGAGAGAGGGGGGUUUAAAACGUCAGCGCGUGUAGGAGCCCUGCUGCCAGUCUGCAUGUACUGAUAUGUGCGACCCUCGAGGAGUUUGUGCACUGGUCAGGCUCGCGCACUGGGAUCCUAACUGUCACCAGCACAUAAAAGCGCGGAUAACGGUGAUGAUUCCCCUCACACAGCAACACGAAUCGGAGCUAAGUGUACGCAGAUGGCAGCGAAGAAGUAUCCUGUCAGUUUCCAGACACCUUUGGAUGUGACACUCUCCAAGUAGCGGAGUUUACCGUGACAGACAGCAGGUGGGAUUCCACUCAGAGGAGAGCUCGUGCUUGACUUUAUGUUGGACAUGGGACCGGGUCUCGACUGUUUUGGAUACGGUACCAGAGGAACCGCGUCUUCUUGAACGGAGAGCUGUCGACAGACAGGACAUCGACGAGAUGCGCUCCGACCACGGCUUCAUUCUGCUGCUCCUCAACGGGACAGCUUGCUUGUUGGCUCUAGGACAGGAAGAUACCCACUCGUUAUCUUCUACCUUCUCCUCGUCUACGUCUAAGUCCUCCUCCUCAGCAGACUCCUCAAAAACUCUGGGGGUUCUGGGAUCUCAGGGCUCGAUUUCACCCCUGAGUCGCUGGGUGAUGCACAGCCGCAGCCGUGCCGCCAACACUUCCACAAUGGAGCUCCCCUAUCGAUCGCCGGAGCCCUUUUCCAAACAGGAAUUUUGGGAAAUGCUAGGCAGCGAUCUCCUGAAAUCUGACACGGAUGCAUCAGGGAACCCGCGUGUCAAGCGGCACCCACCAAUCGUCAAAACUGGCAAAUUUAAGAAAAUGUUUGGCUGGGGUGACUUCUACUCCAACAUCAAAACGGUGCGCCUCAACCUGCUUAUCACGGGUAAGAUAGUGGAUCACGGGAAUGGCACCUUCAGCGUCUACUUCCGUCACAAUUCCACCGGUCAGGGGAACAUUUCAGUGAGCCUGGUACCUCCAGUGAAGGCAGUGGAGUUUGACUUGGAGCGCCAGAGUGUGGUCUAUCCUAAAGACUCAAAGAUCUUCAACUGCCGCGUUGACUACGAGAAGGUGGACCGUAGCAAACGCACAUCGCUCUGCAACUAUGACCCCUCCAAGACCUGCUUCCAGGAGCAGACACAGAGCCACGUGUCCUGGAUCUGCUCCAAACCCUUUAAGGUCAUUUGUAUCUACAUUUCCUUCUACAGCACAGACUACCGUCUGGUGCAGAAGGUCUGUCCAGACUAUAAUUACCACAAUGAGUUGCCCUACCUGCCCUCAGGCUAGAGCUUUGUGGAGCAAUGGACUGGGGCAAGGAGGAUUGGUUGGGGG